GCUGAUUGGUUGAGUUGGAGGUUAAGCCUCCCGAUUGGCCUAUGGCUUGUAAGGCUCCGCUGGACUGGGCAAAGGGCUGAACUUGAGAACUCCUGGUUAUUAGUUGGUGCGGAGGAGCGGCGGCCUAGCCGAGUGUAGGUGAGUGCAGGGUGAAGAUGGCAGAGCUGCAGGUCCGAAAGAAAGAAAAGAAGUCUGGCGAUGGUAUCGGAACAAUGGUGGACUUUCUGUUGGCCAAUGCCAGGCUGGUUCUUGGCGUAGGAGGAGCUGCCAUGCUUGGCAUAGCCACACUGGCUGUUAAACGGCUGAUCGAUCGAGCGACUUCACCCCCCAGUGACAAAGAAGCGGAGGAGAAAGCAGAGCAGAAAUCCAUAGAGGAGAGUUGGAAAGAGGCCGUACUGAAGAAGGCUUCACCUACACUCCGAAGGAAGGAAGACCUUGGGCUUCAUUGUGCUCCUUUAUCUCUGCCGGAUCCCAGCCAGCCAAUCCCAGAGGCAGCUGGCACGGUGCAGGAUAAAGCGCCCGAUGAGAUGAAGAAGAUUCCCAUUUGCUUCACGCUGCAGGAGCGGCUGCAGGACUAUCACUCACGCCACGCCAGUGUCCCGGAAGCGCAGAGGGAGGAGGCCAGGCAGCUGGUACUAGAUAUAAAGGCAGAGCUGCAGGGCUUUCUGCGUGCCAAGCUGCCCGAGAUACCCUUCCUUGCCCUGCACCUUGGCGGCUCUCUGGGUAACCAACUCCCUGUGUCCUGCUUGGACCAUGCCUGCCUGCUAAUGCCUUUGGUUCCGGAGCCGGAUUUGUGGUGUUUUAUUCCAGGACAGCAAACGAUCCUCAGCGACCCCAACUUCUGCAUGGUAAAGAGGACUGACCUGGAAUACGCGGCGCGGGGGAGCAGCCCCUGGGACAGGUUUCUGGUGGGUUCCUACCUUUCAUCCAGGACCAUCGUGCAGCUCUUACACAAGACCAUAGUCGGGUCCAUCAAUUGGCCGGCCAUAGGGACGGUACUGGACUGCACCAUUAAACCAGACAUCACCUCUGCUGAACUCAAGCUGGAUGUGGCGCACCCCAACGUUCGGAUGAUUAUUCGGAUCCUACCGAUGGUGGUCAUUAAAGAUGCCGAGCUUCUCGCCCAUUGCAGCGCCGACGCUCCCGCCGAUAACCUUUGGCAGCAGACUUUCUACAGGCAGGAAAUCUCUCGGCUUCAGGAACUGGACAACUCCGAGUCGGGCAUCCGGCUGCAGUGCUUCCAGAUACUGAAGGGGAUCUGUAGGGACUGUCCUGCCCUCUGCCAUCUCACCUCCACCCACCUCAGGCACAUCAUCUUACACCUCAGUACAGAGACACCUGAUUGGACAGAGGCCACUCUGGCUGACAGAUUCCUUCAAGUACUAGAGGAGUUGAUUGGUUACUUGGAUAAAGGUUUCCUUCCUUCUUAUUUCAAUGACAAAUUAAACUUGUUCUCUGCUCUAAAAGCCGAGGACAUCGACGAACUGGGGUACGGCCUGUACCAAGUAUUUUCUGAGCCCGAUGCCCUCUUAAAGAGAUAGGUACCUGCUCUAAGCACUGGAAUCAUUGCAGUAUAGGUUGCCUUUUAAGGGGCCCUGAUGGGGUGGCAGUUGGCAGGAAGGUGUCUGAGGGAUUCUCAUCAGCAUUUGAGCUCCACUUCUUACAAGAGAUUGUUCCGUGUCUUCCUGAGCACCUUCCAUUUACUCCACUCAGCGGGUAAGAUAGAAGUAAUGAUUUAAAGGGCAAGUAUCGGAUAAAGUAGAGUUUCUUUGAUCUGUAUUUGGUUGCCAAAUGUUACUACCAGCUUGCCAUCGCUUGUAAGAGUUGUGCCAAUGCCCUAGGCCCUUCUGAGCCAUAGUACUCCAUCCCUCGCCCUGCUGGAUGGCUUCUGUUGGGCAAUGCUGCUUUGCAGGGUGCCAUGAAUACUACUGAGAUGAAUUGCAUUGGCCCCCGGUGUCUUUAUCAUAGAUGAUAGGAUAACAUUGCCCCCAUAGGGGGCAGUCAUUUCAUGUACAAGAGAUUAAAUCAAAUGAUUUAUAUUUUUAUUGAUAUGGGAUAUUUGGGUGGGGGGGGGUCUUAUAGGGGCAGCUGUAGGUACCACUAUUCUAUAUGCUUUUUAUUUACUAUGUCACACAUCCGCCACUGGAAUUCGUAACCCUUUAAAGUAACUGAAGGCUGAUGUUCUGGGGCUUAUUUACUACCUCGGGCACUAAAUUGCACCGGUGAUCUUUCACCGCAACCAGUUCUUCUGUUUCCUAAGUUGGAGUAGAUGCUAGCUGGUUACCGUUGGCAACUGCACUGGUGCAAUUUAGAACCGACAUUCAUAAAUCUGCCCCUCUAUAGGAAGUACUCUUACCGGGUCUGCACAAACCUAAUGGGAUAAUAAAACUGGACUUUGCACCUUUUCAUAAGAAAUGCACCUUUUUUAAGUUAAAUGAAUUGUAUUUUUAUUUAGGUGACACUUUACCUCCCCCCCCCCCCCCCCGCCAGAUUUUGAUUGGCUGGAAUGUAACCAGCCCUUCUACGUAUGAAUGAGAUGUUCUCUUUGCCAACCCAAUGAAUUUCUUAUAUUUUUUUGGUGUUAUAUCGUAAUAUAAACAUGGCUGAGUGGAUAUAUAGCACAGCUGUACCAAGCCGCAGGGAUUGGGCUGUGAAUGCUGCUUUAAAUUCUGUAUUUUUUAAAGAAAAAAGUAUCAAAAAUGAAUUGUUAUAAUAAAAUACCUUAUUUUGGAA